GGAGGGCAGCAGCCGCCAUGAUGCUGCGACUGCAGCCGGCGCUGAGGGCGGUCACCAGGGGCCGAGGCGGGCUCGGCGUCAGGAGGGUGAGCGACGGGCCGGUCAAGCUGACGGCGACGCCUUCGAAGAGCCUGGCGGACGAGCCGCUGGCCAUCCAGGCGGAGGGUCUGGGCGCGGAGCAGGCGGUCACCCUGAGGGCCCAGGUGGUCACCGGGAAGGGGCAGCUGUUCACCUCCUGCGGCCAGUACCGGGCGGACGGCGGCGGGCGCCUCGACGUGAGCCGGUCGCCGUCGCUGGGCGGUGACUACGAAGGGGUGGUGCCCAUGGGCCUCCUGUGGACCCUGGCCCCCGCCCCCAUGGAGCAGCCGUACCUGAAGCUGAGCCAGGCCCACCUGACCGGCAGCCCCAUGUACAUCGACCUGUGUGUCCACUCGGGACACAGCGGCAAGAGCACCAUCCCCGGGGAACUCCUGGCCAAGCAGAGGGUCGAGAGGUGGUACAGCAAACCCGGGCUCCGCCGCAUCAGGCUCAGGGAAGGCAAUAUUAGGGGCAGCGUUUUUAUCCCCCCAGGGGAUGGCCCCUUUCCUGGACUGAUAGAUCUGUUUGGAGAUGAAGGUGGUUUGAUUGAGUUCCGAGCCUGUUUGCUUGCAAGCCGGGGCUUUGCUACUCUUGCUCUCCCUUACUUUGGUUUUGAAGAUCUACCAAUGACCAUGACAGAUCUUCGUUUAGAAUACUUUGAGGAAGCUGUAAAUUAUCUGAAGAAACAUCCAAAGGUGAAGGGACCAGGUAUUGGAGUAAUCGGAUCUUCAAAAGGUGGAGAUUUGGCUCUAUCAAUGAUCACAUUUUUACCACAAGUGGUAGCAUCCGUUUGCAUCUCUGGCUGCCAUGCAAACACUAUAACUGACUUGCAUUAUAAAGAUAUGCAUCUCCCCAGCUUGAGCUAUGAUGUAGAUCGUAUCAUUGUUUCGGAAUCAGGAAUUCUAGAUAUGUCCAAAACACUUGAAAACCCCAGCACAAAUAAAGGAAGCAUCAUCCCAUUGGAAAAAGCUGAAGGACACAUCUUGUUUGUGGUAGGAGAAGAUGACAAGACCUGGGACAGCAAGCUCUUUGCUGAGGAGGCUAUAAAAAGACUGAAAAAAAAUCAAAAGGACAACUAUAAACUCCUUAGUUAUCCAGGAACUGGGCACUGUAUUGAUCCUCCUUGUUCUCCAUUUCGUCCUGCCAAGAUUGACCGUUUGUUUGGACUUCCAGUACUGUUAGGGGGAGAGGCAAUACAACACUGCUAUGCUCAACAAGAUGCUUGGGAAAAAAUUCAAGAAUUCUUACAUUUACAUCUCGGUUGAAGUGAUUUAGAUUGAACAAGAUUCCUCUUUACCUAAUGAAUGUUAUUUAGUAUGUAUUCUGUUAAAAAUUGCACAGUAAUUAUUUAAUAUGAAGCACUAUGUGUAAGGAGGACAAUCCAAGACUUUCUGAAACAUGUAUUCCUGACCACCAAUACCUCUACUUUUUGGGUGGGGGUGGAAAAAAUUAAACUGUUGUCUUUAAUAAUG